GAAAUAUACUUAUAAAAUACUAAUGAAAUUACAACAAAACUAGAUGCGUGAUAGUGACAUACUUUAUUUUCCACUAAAACAGAAAUAGUGGAAGUACAUCUUUUGUUACUUAAUUUUUUUCUUUUGGAGAUUUCAAUUCCAACGAUGGUCUAUGGGCAGUUAAGACACAGAGACAACUGAAUCUAAAACAAACAAAAACUUCAUUUAAACAAGAGACUGACACUCUUAGAAAGUGAGAAACUUAUCCGCAGAGGAAGGACGGACGACGAGAAACAAAAAAGCUUGGCCGAGAGUUUAGCCAAACUCACUACUAGAAAGUGAAAAAAUUUAUCAUCAGUCAAAGACUCAAAUACAUGCUGAUCAAUUUAAGGUUUAACAGACUAAAAUGUUUUGUCUUGCUCAUAGCCAACCCAUUUUCCAUGUAAUUUAGUGGUGCUCAUCCUAUAUUUGAUUUCCAUAAGUAGAGAUAAAGUUUUAUGGAGGGUGGUGGAGGUUCCGAUUAUAUAACACCAUUAAUGGUGGAAGAAGAAGAAGAAGAACCAACAUAUGAUGGUAAGGUUCGAUGUCGACGUAACUCUGUAAACAAGUUUAGAAAUGAUUUUGUCACCAGUUUGCCUUACAAAGUUAAGUCUGGUGUUGAUCCUGAGAACCCUUCCUAUAUUGAUUUGUCCAAACGUAAAGAUUUUUUAUCAGGAGAAAAAGAAUAUUAUGAAAAACAAUUUGCUACUUUAAGAUCCUUUGAAGAAGUUGAUUCACUGGAUAGAUUCAAUGAAAUUGAUGAGGAUCAAGAAAAUGAAGAACAACGCCAAAACGAAAGAGCAAUGCGUAUUUCCAACUAUGUCAAUGUUAUUCUAUUGGUUUUCAAGAUUUAUGCGACGAUAAGGAGUGCUUCUCUAGCUAUAGCAGCUUCAACCCUUGACUCUUUGCUUGAUCUGAUGGCUGGUGGGAUACUUUGGUUCACGCAUUUAUCCAUGAAAAAUAUAAACAUAUACAAGUAUCCUAUUGGGAAGUUACGGGUGCAACCAGUAGGAAUUAUAAUCUUCGCAGCUGUCAUGGCUACUCUCGGUUUUCAAGUAUUGAUUCAGGCUGUAGAGCAAUUGAUCAAGGACGAACCUUCAAAGAAAAUGGACUCAUCCCAGUUGGUGUGGUUGUAUUCAAUUAUGCUGUCUGCAACUGCAGUAAAACUCUCUUUAUGGUUUUAUUGCAGAAGUUCUCGAAACGAAAUCGUCCGUGCAUAUGCAAAGGAUCACUACUUCGAUGUGGUUACUAACGUGAUAGGUUUAGUUGCUGCUGUUCUCGGUGAUAGAUUUUAUUGGUGGAUUGACCCUGUCGGGGCCAUUGCCCUAGCCGUUUAUACGAUCACCAAUUGGUCGGGCACAGUAUUGGAAAAUGCAGGUAGAUUGGUAGGACAAUCAGCACCCCCAGAGGUCUUGCAGAAAUUGACAUACCUUGUGAUAAGGCACCAUCCUCUAAUCAAGCGCGUUGAUACAGUCCGUGCCUACACCUUUGGAGUGCUUUAUUUUGUUGAGGUCGACAUUGAACUCCCUGAAGAUUUACCAUUGAAAGAAGCCCAUGCUAUUGGUGAGUCCUUGCAAAUAAAGAUCGAGGAACUGCCAGAAGUUGAGCGAGCAUUUGUGCAUCUUGACUUCGAAUGUGAUCACAAGCCAGAGCAUUCUGUUCUUAGUAGGUUGCCGAAUAGUCAGGCUUGAUUCUGUCUCCCUGAAAACUAGCUUAUACACCAAGUGCAACCCGUGCCACUACUUAGAGACGCGAAACUUUUUAGGUUGGAUGGUAGAUUGAAAGCUCUUUGAGUUCAUUUCAACUGUCUACGGUAACACAAAGUAUCCAUCCCAUCCGCUGGUAUAGAAAUGCCAUGCUACACGGAUGAGUUUGUUGUAUAAAUUAAAGUGUAAGUGUAUAUCAAGAGAGUCUUGUUUCAGGAUGUUCUGUUGAACUAUAAAAAGAAGUUUUCAAUUCUAUCUGCUGCAGAGAAGGCCUUGAUAGUAAUUUGAACCUACCUCUUUUUACCAACAAUUUAAUUAAUGAAGCAGAAUAAUUUUAUCUA